AUGAGUGAACCAACUGCAGAUAUUGCUCUGAUAGGACUGGCGGUAAUGGGCCAGAAUUUGAUAUUAAAUAUGAAUGACCAUGGAUUUGUAGUAUGCGCAUACAAUCGAACAACAGACAAAGUAAAGGCUUUCCUUGAGAAUGAAGCCAAGGGAACAAAAAUAAUUGGAGCAUUUAGCCUAGAGGAAAUGGUCAGCAAGCUAAAGAAACCUAGACGUGUAAUGUUGCUGGUAAAAGCUGGCUCUGCUGUUGAUGCAUUCAUCGAAAAAUUAAUCCCGCUGCUGUCAGCUGGAGACAUCAUCAUUGACGGAGGAAAUUCUGAUUACCGAGACACUGAGCGCCGUACAAUAGAUUUGGAGAAACGCGGGCUCUACUACGUAGGCAGCGGAGUCAGCGGAGGAGAAGAAGGCGCCAGGUACGGACCAUCAUUGAUGCCGGGUGGCAACCCGAAAGCCUGGCCACAUAUUAAGCCCAUUUUCCAGGCAAUUUGCGCCAAGGCCGACGGAGAGCCUUGCUGCGAUUGGGUCGGCGAGACCGGAGCUGGACAUUUUGUCAAAAUGGUCCACAACGGUAUCGAGUACGGGGACAUGCAGCUCAUCUGCGAAGCUUAUCAUAUCAUGAGAGACGCUCUUCGCAUGAAUCCAGAAGAAAUGGCCAGUGUGUUUGACGAGUGGAACAAAGGCAAGUUGGACUCCUUCCUUAUUGAGAUCACUCGGGACAUCUUGAAGUUCAAAGAUGAGAAAGGUUUCUUGUUGGAGAGGAUCCGGGACACUGCUGGGCAAAAAGGAACCGGGAAGUUAACUGUCAAUGCUGCUCUGGAGUAUGGAGUCCCGGUUACGCUUAUUGCCGAGUCUGUUUUCGGGAGAUUCAUUUCUGCUUUGCAGAACGAAAGAAUCGAAGCUAGUGGUGUUCUUGGUGGACUCUUGGAUGUUUACAAGGGUGACAGGAAAGAAUUUUUGAAGGACUUGGGGAAGGCUUUGUAUGCUUCUAAAAUUAUUUCGUAUGCUCAAGGGUUCAUGUUGAUGCGAGAAGCUGCUAAGGUUAAUAAUUGGAACUUGAAUUACGGAGGAAUUGCUUUGAUGUGGAGAGGUGGAUGUAUCAUUAGAAGUGCCUUCUUGGGAAACAUUAAAGAAGCUUUUGACAAAAAUCCAAAGCUCUCAAGUUUACUAAUGGACGACUUUUUCGCCCGAGCGAUGAAGGAGUGUCACAUGAGCUUGAGAAAAAUAGUCUCAGCAAUCGUGAUGAUUGGGAUUCCAAUGCCGGCGCUUUCAAAUGCAAUUGCAUUCUAUGACUCAUACCGAGCUGGAAAAUUACCCGCUAAUUUACUCCAAGCUCUCAGGGAUUACUUCGGAGCUCACACUUACGAGCUGAUUGGACAGGAGGGAGUAUUCGUCCACACCAACUGGACAGGCCGUGGUGGUAAUGUCUCCGCUACAACUUACGACGCGUAA